UCAACAUUUACGCCCAUAGUGAGCUCGAACGACGACAACCGUUUCUUGGGGUCAUUAUCCCCAUCUCACUUUGCUCCUUGUCCUUCUCGUUGUACAAGGAACGGCGGAGCGGAGCCGGAAACUCUCUAUGUAAGGAGUGGGGGGGGGAUCAGAGCCGGGCGACUCGAUGCGCAACGAGUGGGGGAGCAGAGCCGGGAGUCUCGAUGCGCAACGAGUGGGGGAGCAGAGCCGGGAGACUCGUUGUCCAGACUUCGUAGCUUAAAGACGCUCGUCGGGAAUAAAGUUUUUAUUAUUUCGUUUUGACAAGCACACGGUGUAAUUUUUUCGAUCGCGUUUCUUCCUAAUCUCUCUUCUAAUUCACGGAGACGGCAGGAGUGGAGCCUGUAUUACUAACAUUAUCAUCCCCGCUUGGGCGAACUUGACAGUUUUUUCGUUGGUGGCGCUGCCCGCGAUAGAAGCAACGAUCGCGUGUCCUUUGUUGGCGUUGGUGACACCUUGAACGAAGAAUGACGUUGCAACGUACAUCUUUCCUAUUUCGGUUAACUGGUAAUUGGAAGAGGAACGGAGAUACUAAAUUACACCUUCGACAGCGAACAACAACACCUUCGGGUGCCAUUCUUCCGGAACCAAAAAGAACACGAUUUGGUUUUCUAGGGGUAAUCUGUAGCAUCGUUACCGGUCUAGUUAUCGGAGCUACGCUGAGCAAAAUGAUGGCCAAUUUUCUCGAAGAGAAAGAACUUUUCGUACCUUCGGACGACGAUGACGACGACGAUUAGAAAGUUCAAUUU